AAACAGAUUCACCAUCUUUUAUAUGCAUUAUAUUUAUUAUAUACAAAGUACAUACAUUUUUUUUGAAAAGUGAGCAGUAAUUAAGUGAAAGAAAAAAUGGUGUCUGUGGAAACAAUUGGAUCGAUAUUUAUCAAAACCCUCAAAUUGACUAUCAACAUUGUUAUUCUUAUCCUUUAUUGUAUUGGAGAUGAGGGAAUCUUUUUGGGCGUUAGCGGAACAUGGAAUUUAAAUGAGGAGAAGAGUCCUUCACCGGAAAUUGUAGCCUCUGGUAUAUUUGUGGGAUUUCUAAUCUAUACCACUGUACAUACAGUGGCCUUCUUCUUCGGCACCACCAAACAUAAACGUGAACUGACAGACACACUGAUGAAUAUGGUCGGAACAGCCAUGUGGAUUGCCAUUGGGGGUGUGGCCCUGCAUUAUUGGGGCGGCUACAUGUCUGAUCAGGACUUUCUUUAUGUAAAUGCUGAGCGUCAAACGGGUAUCGCAAUGGGUGCUUUAUGUGUAAUUGAAGGGGCACUUUAUUUAUUGGAUACAGUAUUAGCUUGCAUACACUACUCCAAGGGUGAAGAUAUCGAAUACACAGGGGUUGGCCAUUAGGCGAAAACAUUUAUCAGCGCUGAACAAAACUUUUACAUUUCAUAAUCAAAAAUUAAUGUAAAACACAAACUCAGAUACCUAUUUUACCAUUACUUUGUAGCAGUGUAUUUAAGCUUUACUAAUUUAAACAAAAAUGUGAAAUGAAAAAAAAAAAAAAACAAAAAUAUAAUUACUUUUAUAUCUCUUUUUAGGCUUGUCUAUGCUCUAUUGUUCUUAUAUUAUUUCCUUUUUUUUGUGUCUAAUAAAUGAAUAUAUCACGUAUAGCCCAAGA